ACUGACCCACCAACAACCACAAGUACUACUGACCCACCAACAACCACAACAACUACUGACCCUACCAACAACCACAAGUACUACUGACCCACCAACAACCACAAGUACUACUGACCCACCAACAACCACAAGUAAGUUUAACCCACCAACAACCACAAAAACGUAUAGCCCACCAACAACUACAAGUAUUUAUAACCCACCAACAACCACAAUUACGUUUAACCCACCAGUAUUCACAAAUACUUAUAACCCACCAACAACCACACAUACUAAUAGCCCUUCAACCGUAAGAAGCAAUAACCCAUCAACCACAAACAAUAACAACCGAGCAAAUACAAUUACUUAUAACCUACAAACCAGCAGAGGUAACCUUUCACCAACCACCAAUACUAAUAAUUCCUUAACCACUAUCAGUAAGAGCAUAUCAACCGCCAGAACCUCUAACAUGCCAACCAGCAGUGCCCAUAAUUUACAAAAAAUCAGUGAUAGCCAACCGACUGUAAGUGAUAACAAACUACAAAUGACAAGUACUAAAAAUCUACCAGCCAUCCGUGAAAACCACCUAUUCAGUACAAGUGGUGAUAACCCACCAACCGUCAGUACUAAUCAUUCAUCUACCAGAAGCUAUGGUAGCCACUCAACCAAUAGUAAAAUCAUAGAAACCGACAGCAACAAUAACCAAUCCACCACAAGCGAUACCCUUACAACAACCAGUGAGAAUAACCCACCCACCACCAGUGAAAGUACAGCCCCAAAGGAACAAAAUCUACCAAGUAAAAAUUACCAGCCAACCACCAGCGGACAUUUUAUGUCACCCUCUAAUGAAAAUAGACUUCCGAAAACCUCCAGUGAAAAUAAACAGCCAACUGCCAGUGGAAAUACAAUGUCGACUACAAAUGAAAAUAAACUACAAACCACCAGUGCAAAAAAACUAACAAUUAUUAGUGAAAAUGACCCAGCCACUACCAGCGAAAACAAUUUACCAAAAUCUAAUGAAAAUAAACUUUUAACUACCAGUAAAAACAAUUUACCAAAAACAAGUGACAAUAAAGUACCAACGACAGGUAGAAAUGACCAGUUAACGACCAGUGGAAAUAAACAACUAACCACCACUGAAAAUAAACUACCAACCACUACUGAAAGUAAACUACCAACCACUACUGAAAAUAAACUACCAACAACCACUGAAAAUAAACUGCCAGCCACUACUGAAAAUAAACUACCAACAACUACUGAAAAUAAACUACUAACCACUACUGAAAAUAAACGACCAAACACCACUGAAAAUAAACUACCAACCACCACUGAAAAGGAGACAUCGGCCACCAGUGGAAAUAAACUAUUAACCAUCAGUGAUAAACUACCAACCACCAGUGAAAGCUACCUUCCAAUCGUGAAUGAUAACUAUCUACAAGACGUCAGGGGUGAUCUACCAACAAUGAGUGACAUUAACCUACAAAACAGCAUUGCCGAUCUAGCUGCCAUGAUUGAAGACAACUUACCAAACAUAGAUGAUAGUUAUCUACAGACCACGGCGGAUACUUUCCUGCAACCCAUUAGUGAUAAUAACCUACCAACAAUGAGUGAUAAACUUCCUACCAUCAGUGAAAGCAACCAACCGACCAUAAGUGAUAAUUACAUACAUAAUAUCGGAGGUAAUUUUCUACCACUAAAGACUGAUAAUAACCUACCGACUUUCGAUGAUAAACUACCAACCGAGAGUAAUUUUCUACCUAUAAUAGGUGGUAAUAACCUACCACCUGUUAUUGGAAAUCAACUACCAGACAAACAUACCGUGAAGAUACACGGCAGUAGUUUUAUUAAGAUACCAUCUAUCAUUAACCUGAUCGAAAAACCAAGUUCUGCUAUUAGUGUCCUCAAUACCAGUAGUUUAGAUAUCAGAAAUAUUGGUGUUCCCAAGCCUGUUAACAGUCUUAUUAAAGAAGCAGAGAAAUCGAUCACAGAGAUAGGCAAGGGGAGUCUACUUGAUAUUGGAAAAUCACUUGUUGAUGCCCAGCCACUACCAAUUAAAACACUAACGGGAAAAACUGUACCAAAGGUUAUAAACAAAGUAGGAAGUACCCUUGAAAAAUUGUCCAAAAGACCACUUCAAGAAACAGCAAAAGAGGUUGGGAAAACUGUGGAAACUUUUGUCGUUAGUACACUUCCAAAAGUCCGGAUUGGAAAGCCACUUGAAAAAAUUGUUACAAAGACACUUCCCAAAGCCUCGGAAGGAUUUGGAAGCCAUCUUGAUACGUUCAUUUCCAAGACACUUCCUGCCACUGCAAAGUUUCUCGCCGGUGGUGUAAAAUCAGUCAUCGAUUCAAGGAAGAUUGAAAUACCUAAGAGUGUCGACAGGCAUAUUGAAACAUUUUUGACAGAGACUCUGCCUAAGGCUGGUUUAACUGUCGGGCGUCAUUUGGGAACGUUCUUUAUAGACACCUUACCAGCUGUGUUUGGCAGGAGACGAAGACGACAAGCACCUCAGUGUUUAUCAUGUGAGGAAAUCAACAAUAUGACUGUGACCGAGGUCAAGCGUACUGUUUGUGGGGCUAAUUUUGAUGAACGAACUUUGCAGCAUCGAAAAAUGAAGAACCUGGGCUCUCAAAUAUUUUUGAAUAAAACACCCGUCAUAACAAAGCUGACAUACCCGAGAAAACACAUGACCGGCAGCAUAAGGAGAGGUAACGCCAGAGUAUCCUCAUUCACGAUCACAUACGAGUUUGGAGGCCUCGUCAAAACACAUACAGUCAAUAAAACACUGGAUUUGCUGAACACCAACCAGGCCAUGGGAGAGGAACUGGCCAGUGAACUGUGGCUGUUAUUCUUUGAAACAGACAUUUCAUUGUAAUUAUAUAUGUUUCAUUGGAUGCAAUGUAUAUUAAACUUAGGCAUGCGGAGA